AUGUCCAAUAUUAAUGUCACUUCUACAUACAACCACCUGUUGGACCUCAUUCACCCCUCGCCAUCCCGUGUUCUAGAAAUCGACAUCCUCCCCUCUGCCCUUGUCACCUCAAUCCAAUACUCAGCUCCCGACUCCGCGCUCGCGAUCCCGCAGAAAGUACUAAUCGAAUGUUUCCUCUACGCCCGCGAGAUAUUUUUCACUCCCUCCCCACAUGCCCAAAUAUACACCUACAAAGGACGAGAAGAUGGCAGCGGUGACGAAGCUGAGGAGGGGGAAUUGGAAGAGGAGAAGUUGAAGGCGACAAGCGUACUAUUGCUCUACGAUCCAAACCACCAAACGGCGAUCAACUGGCGGAAACGCUAUCUGCUGUCCCACCGUUCUCGUCAAGGGCAUCAAAGACUUGUAGAGCGCGAGCUGAUAUGGCUCGAAUCCUUGCUCACCUCACCUCUGCCGAAACAUACUAAGAGUCCCACGCUAUGGGGGCAUCGGCUUUGGCUUUUCCGCACCAUCCGGUCAGCUGAAGGGCCGAGAGGAGAUGUCAGGGAAAAUACGGGAGAAGAGAUGCAAGAGCUUUGGAAGAGUGAGCUGAGGAUUGUGAUGGUAGCGGGUGAGAAGCAUACGAGUAAUUAUUAUGGGUGGAACUAUGCGAGGGAUGUGCUCUCUUUGUUUUUCGCGCGAAGGGGGGAGGAAGCAGUAGAGAGGGACGGUGAGGUGGCGAUGGAGACGGCAGUCCUUGCGCAAGAACGCUUAGAGACGGUGCAGAGAUGGUGCUAUAGGCAUCCGAAAGACUGUAGCGGGUGGGCGUUUUUAGAGUGUUUAUGUCGGAGAGCUGCAUUCAAAGGGGCUAUUUGGGCGGGAGGGCAGAGGUUGGUAGAAGAUUUGGUAAUAGCGACGAGAGAUUGGAAGGAAAGCCUUGCGUGGAAAGGGUUCUGCGUUGAUGAGUUCUUGCGUCGUAUGGAACCAACCAAUGAUAAUACUAACGAGAUGAAGACUGAUACCCAUGUUGCAGAGUAG